AUGGACAGGUUCCAGGAGGUUAUCGACUGUGAGAGGAAGCUCCUGGAUGGAAAUAUUUACAAACCGAUGCCAGUGUUUUUAAAUCUGCUGUUUGAUGAGGUUUGCUUCCAAUCUAUGGUCUACCCAAGACGUCUCUAUUUGCCUUGAGCUUACAAUUAUCUUUAUCCAUUUGACCAUUUGAUAGCAUGAUGGCCAAUAAUUAUAAAAUUGUGUACGAAUCAUGGCAAAACAGUCGGAAGCAAGUGGUCAAUUUAGGGCCACCUUCCACAUUUUGUCAAUGCAGUUGUGUCCAUAAUUUAUAACUUGAAGACUUCUCCGUAGCAACAGUUUCAAAAGUAGCAGAAUGGGUCUAGUUAUCCACUGCAGAUUAAAUUAUAGAGCAAUGCAAUAUGAACAGAUAACAACGUUCUUUAAUUUCUUUUACAUGUAGAUGUGCCACCAAGGGAGGGCUGAUGAACACGUAAUAGUAUGUGUGGUUAUCAAAGAAGGAGAUGACCUUGACCCUGUGCGCAGGUAUGUAUUAUAAGAAUUCUAACUUUGGUAACAAGGGAACACAUUUCUAAACUAAAAAUAACGGAAUUUUUUUUUACUGCACACACAAGAAGUUUCUCCCUACUCCUCAAUGGAAAAUCAAUUCUCUGAAAAAGUGAGGAAAAUUGUUACUCAUAUCUUCCUAUAUCCUUGCCCAGAAAUACUCCCUGUUAUAAAAGAAUGUGGUGUUCAUUUUAGCUAAAAAGUUUGUACUUUGGUUUCAGAUUUGAAUUUCGUUGAAAUAAUAUUUUACAAUUAUUGGACGAGGUUAGGGAAAAUAUCGUGAUUUGUCUGCGAGACACUGACGAAUUACGAUAUUUUGUGAUAGCCGAGUUUGUUCUUGAAUGAAUAUCUUCGGAAGCGAAGCGAUCUGCCAUUUUUCACUCAAGAGCGAUCCCAAGAAGGAGAAAAGCGUGGUUCAUUUACGCAUGAGCAGAAUAUUAUUUGCAGCCAACAAAGUUGGACAACAUUGUGCCUGAGCAGACCAUUAAUUAAAAACAGUUAUUUGCAGGUCAUGUGGUGGGCGCUUGGCCAAUACAUUUUAUUAGUUUGUUUAGUUUUUAAUUUAUUGAUAUUGUGUUUUAAUUUCAUCAUUUCGUAGAAUGCUCAGCUUUUUGGGGAAUACCCCCAACAUAUAUUUUUGGACUGCCAAAUGGGGGACAAAAAGUGCCAGACAAGGUAAAUAUUAAAAUAAAGGUACAUAUAACCACAACAAAUGGAGAGAAGAAGUGGUGUCGAGUAAAGACAAAACUUAGCACUAGUUCAAAUCCUAAAAAGCAUCUUUCUAUUUGUUUCAACUAUACUAUGAUAAUCCUUGCCUGCACGUCAGUUAUUCACAUUAAUUUCAGUCAUAAUAUUAUUAAUUAUGUUACAUACGUUAUUGCCUAUAUUUAUCACAUAAUUAUCUUAAAUUCGCAGUCCCAGAUAAAUUUGGCUCGAGUAACCCUCAAACAGAGGUGUUCAUCCUUGCACCGACGACAUCA